AGAAAUUGCGAGUGAUUCAGCUGUGAAUCAGCUUCGGAGGUGGAAGAGGUUCUGGUAUUUGGGAUCUUGGAUUGAUUGCGAUCCGAUUGGUGGUCUUCUUGCUGGGAAUGGUUGGGUAUUGGGGGUUCUUGGGGGUUGAGAUUGGUUUGGUGUCUGGAGAUUAGGGUUUGGAUGGAUCUGAGGGUGUAGGUAGGGUUUUGAGGGUGGGAGAGUGGUGGUGAUGGAGCCCGAGGUGGUGACUCCGUGGUUGUUGGUGAUGAUCUUAGUGUUUCAUCCUCUGGCUAGGGUUUUGGCCAAUAUGGAAGGUGAUGCUUUACACCAGUUGAAGACCAGCUUAACCGAUCCUAAUAAUGUUCUGCAGAGUUGGGAUGCAACUUUGGUUAAUCCAUGCACAUGGUUCCAUGUUACAUGUAACAGUGACAAUAGUGUGAUUAGAGUUGAUCUUGGAAAUGCUGCCUUGUCUGGCACAUUGGUCCCCCAACUUGGUCAGCUAAAAAAUCUGCAGUAUUUGGAACUGUAUAGUAACAACAUCACUGGGACUAUUCCUAUUGAGCUUGGGAAUCUGACAAAUCUGGUGAGCUUGGAUCUGUACCUAAACAAUUUCACUAGUGUGAUACCUGACACACUUGGGAAUCUAUCUAAACUGCGCUUUCUCCGCCUUAACAAUAAUACCUUGACGGGUCAAAUUCCUAAAUCGCUAACAAAUAUCACCACACUCCAAGUCCUUGACCUGUCAAAUAACAAACUUUCUGGUGAAGUCCCAUCCUCAGGCUCAUUUUCUUUAUUUACUCCAAUCAGUUUUGCCAACAACCCUCAAUUAUGUGGUCCUGGCACAAAUAAGCCUUGCCCUGGUGCUCCCCCAUUUUCCCCACCACCUCCAUUUGGCCCACCUACACCACAAUCAUCUCCAGGAAGUAGUGCCUCUAGUACUGGAGCAAUUGCUGGAGGAGUUGCUGCCGGAGCUGCUCUGCUUUUUGCUGCACCUGCUAUUGGGUUUGCUUGGUGGCGUCGUCGUAAAACACAAGAAUAUUUCUUCGAUGUGCCUGCUGAGGAGGAUCCAGAAGUUCAUCUGGGCCAGCUAAAAAGGUUUUCCCUUCGGGAACUGCAAGUUGCUACAGACACUUUUAGCAAUAAGAAUAUCUUGGGCAGAGGUGGAUUUGGAAAGGUUUACAAAGGCCGACUUGCUGAUGGUUCUUUAGUGGCAGUAAAGAGGUUAAAAGAAGAGCGCACACCAGGUGGUGAGCUUCAAUUUCAGACAGAAGUAGAGAUGAUUAGCAUGGCUGUGCACCGAAACUUGCUUCGUCUUCGUGGAUUUUGCAUGACACCUACAGAACGGCUUCUUGUUUACCCAUUUAUGGCUAAUGGAAGUGUUGCAUCAUGCCUAAGAGAGCGUGCACCAUCUCAACCACCUCUCGACUGGCCAACUCGGAGACGAAUUGCAUUGGGGUCUGCUAGGGGGCUGUCUUACUUGCACGAUCACUGUGAUCCAAAGAUUAUCCACCGUGAUGUCAAAGCGGCAAAUAUUUUAUUGGAUGAAGAAUUUGAGGCAGUUGUUGGGGACUUUGGCCUGGCUAAGCUUAUGGACUACAAGGAUACUCAUGUGACAACUGCAGUUCGUGGGACAAUUGGGCACAUUGCUCCUGAGUACCUUUCCACAGGAAAAUCUUCCGAAAAAACUGAUGUCUUUGGCUAUGGAAUCAUGCUUCUGGAGCUUAUCACUGGACAAAGGGCAUUUGAUCUUGCUCGGCUUGCAAAUGAUGAUGAUGUCAUGUUGCUUGAUUGGGUGAAAGGACUUUUGAAAGACAGAAGACUGGAGCCAUUGGUGGACCCUGACCUACAAAACAACUAUAUAGAAGUGGAAGUUGAGUCGCUCAUCCAGGUUGCAUUACUCUGCACCCAGGGCUCUCCAAUGGAGCGACCAAAGAUGUCAGAAGUGGUGAGGAUGCUGGAAGGGGAUGGACUUGCCGAGAGAUGGGAGGAGUGGCAGAAGGUGGAGGUACGACAUGAAGAGGAGAUGGCCCCUCACCUCACUUCACAAUGGAUGAUUGACUCUACAUACAAUCUUCCUGCGGUUGAAUUAUCAGGCCCGAGAUGACACAAAUGAAUACAUACCAAGGUUUUUUUUUUUUCCAUUUUCCGUAACCCUUCACUUCAUCUUCUCCGAGCUAUAAUAGUCUACAAUUACCAAAAAAAGAAGAAGAGAAGCCCCUAGUCUACAUCCAAAUGAAACCCACACCCACAUCUACGCAUGUAAACUAUGUCUUAUCGACGGUAAUUUGUGGAUCAUGUAUAAUGGGGUUAUUUUAUUGUUUUCAUGAUGUUGUUGCUUGCAGUCAGCUGCCUUGUUAACUUGGGGGGAAAUUGCAGGGUUUGUGAGAUAAAGAUGGUGCAGUGUCAAGUAUGUUCUUUGACACAACCUGAGUGCUGCUGAUGUCUCCACAACACUAACAAGCAGUUCAUACCUGAAAAGGCCCUCUAAUAAUCCUGAUUAUAGUUGUUGUACUUGCAUAAGUUAUUAUUUUCCUUUGUUUAUAAUGAUAGGAUGUUUGUAUCAUCUUUUGAUUUGAUAAUUGCUGGAUUUGUGUCUUGUAAA